AUGCACGCAGCUUGCCCGCACCCAGAUUCGUGGACGCUGCUUCAGUCCAAGCGACCGCAGCAACGCAGUGGCAAGUCAACACAGAUGCCACAAUUUCUGUACUCUGCGGGUUUUUUGAAGAGUGGUGGGACAAUCGUAUGCACCCAACCAAGGCGUGUUGCGGCCAUCACGCUUGCCAAGAGGGUGGCAGAGGAGAUGAAUGUGGAGCUUGGGCAGGAGGUUGGCUACUCAGUCCGCUUUGACGAAAACUUCUCCAAACACACCAAGAUCAAGUAUGUGACAGAUGGAAUGCUGUUGCAAGAGGCGCUGCGAAGCCCCAUGCUGACACAACAUAAGGUUGUCAUUGUCGAUGAGGCUCAUGAACGAUCGCUGCAAACGGAUGUGCUGCUUGGAUUGCUGAAGCGAAUUCAGAGGCAACGUAGGGCGGGUUUCCACCUCAUCGUCAUGUCUGCAACGCUUAAUGCGUCUGCCUUCCUGGACUUCUUCAAGGGCUCCCGCGUGGUGUACAUCAGGGGUCGUCAGCAUCCGGUGGAGGUUCACUACACCAAGGUGGCAGAAGAUAGCUACUUGGAUGCUGCACUACAGGCAACCUUGCAGGUACACAUUGAAGAGCCGCGCGGGGAUAUUCUUGUUUUCUUGACGGGCCAGGAUGAGAUAGAGUCCAUAGCUCGCCUGAUGAGGAACGCGGCGUCUUCCCUCAGGGCCACGAUGCAGCAAGUGCUUCAGCUUGAUGUUAUCAGCAUGUACGCUGCCAUGCCACCAGACCAGCAGAUGAAGGCGUUUGAGCCUGCCUCCCCUGGAACCAGGAAAGCAAUUCUGGCCACCAAUAUAGCAGAGACGUCGUUGACGAUCCCAGGUGUGAGGUAUGUCAUUGACACAGGCAUGGUGAAGGCCAGGGGCUACAGUGCGAAAUCGGGCGUGGACUCGCUUCAAGUGGUUCCCAUCUCCCAGUCACAGGCCACACAGCGAAGUGGCCGUGCAGGUCGCGAGGGUCCAGGCAAAGCAUUUCGUCUGUACACCGAAGGAACUUUUUUCAGUCUGCAGCCAGAGACAACGCCAGAGAUUGUGCGAACAAAUUUGAGCAGUUCGGUGAUCAAACUCAAAGCCCUUGGAGUCCAUGACCUGCUGGGUUUCGAUUUCAUGUCCCCACCACCACAAGCUGCCCUCAUGAGAUCGCUGGAGCUCCUGUACGCAUUGGGCGCUCUGAACAAAGAGGGCUGCCUGACGCACCCAGUGGGCGAGCAGAUGAGCCGCCUCCCUGUGGACCCCAUGUUCGGCCGUGUGGUGCUCGCUUCUGGCGAAAUGGGUUGCUGCCAGGAAGCUCUGGCCGUCAUCUCCAUGGUGUCCACGGACAACGUUUUCUUUGAGCCAAGGGAAAACCAGGAGGAAGCGGCCCAACGACGACAGAAGUUCGUCAGCCCAUGGGGGGACCAUCUCACCUUGCUGCACAUUUUCAACCACUACAUCGCCUUGGAGAAGAAGGAGCGCAUGCGUUGGUGCCGUGACCUCUACAUCAAUCACAGGGCGAUGAAGAAGGCCCUCAGCAUCCACGAGCAGCUGGCGGGCUGCUGCGACCAGCUGGGCAUCCCCAUGGCCUCCUGCCACGACGACUCCAGCCCCAUCCGCCGCUCCCUCGUCUCGGGCCUCUUCCCCCACGCCGCCAAGAGGCAGCCGGACAGGAGCUACCGGCUGCUGGCGUCCGCCCAGGGUGUGCACCUCCACCCCUCCUCCGUGCUGUGCGCCAAGCGGCCGGAGUACAUCGUGUUCACCGAGAUGGUGAAGACCAACCGGGUGUACGCGCGCCAGGUCACCGACGUGGAGCCCGGCUGGCUACCUGAGCUUGUGCCUUCGUACUUCUCCCGCCAGGAGGGGCCACGCACGAAGGAGGUUGGCCCGGUGUGA